CAAAGAUGGCAACUUCCCAAGCAUUCUGCUUACUUCAGGUUUGCCAAACUUGCUGGUUAAGAGUGACCUCCAUUGCAGAUCGACUGAACGUAGACUUCGCCCUCAUCCACAAGGAGCGCAAGAAGGCCAAUGAAGUAGAUCGCAUGGUGCUGGUGGGGGAUGUGAAGGACAGAGUGGCCAUUCUGGUAGAUGACAUGGCAGACACCUGUGGUACCAUCUGUCACGCUGCAGACAAGCUUGUGUCAGCUGGAGCCACCAAAGUUUAUGCCAUCUUAACUCACGGGAUCUUUUCUGGCCCGGCAAUUUCUCGGAUCAACAAUGCCUGCUUUGAAGCAGUUGUGGUCACAAACACAAUACCCCAGGAGGACAAGAUGAAGCAGUGCCCUAAAAUCCAGGUGAUUGACAUCUCAAUGAUCCUUGCAGAGGCCAUCAGGAGGACUCAUAAUGGGGAAUCUGUCUCCUACCUAUUCAGCCAUGUCCCUUUAUAACAACAGAUGUCAGCUGCUGCUUGUAUGGCUUUUUUUAAAACCAAAAGUUGUUCAGCUUGUUGUAAAGUUCAGUAGAAGACUCUGCUUGUUCCAGUGCAGUUCUCCACAGCUCCUUCAAUUUAAGUCAGGCUUACGGGCUCUGAUCCCAACACUGGGAAGCUGGCGGGGGGAAACUCAUCUCUGUAACACUCCAGCUCCACCAGCAGCCCUGUGCAUUGGGGCUCAUCAGUAGUAUUGACCAAUUCUGCAGAUCUGUGGAGAGCAGGACUGACACAUGGGUAAUUGCCAUAAUUAUUUUGAUGGUGAGGGAGGG